UUACUGUCUACUGCCCUCAUCAUCAAUUCCUCAAAUCAUGUGAUCAUCAUUGUACAUGACAACGGGACGCUUCAUUAAUUUGGACAAAAACUGUGAUCGGCAGUAGGACACGUGAAUAAUAUCAGCUGUAGAAAAGGGAACCACUGACAAUAUGAAUAAGAAAAGCCACCCGGCUGAGAAUAUAGAAGAAUGGAUCAAAAGUCAUGGAUAUGAUGUGUGGCCAGAACCUUCAGAUGCAAAGUACACUCCACUUGAAAAAGAGAAAGACAUGCUAGGAUCAAAGGAAUAUAUUCUUGAAGAACUUCGAAAACAUGCUUCUUUCCCAAUGUAUAUGCUUGAAAGAUUGGAAAACAAAGCUGACAUACUUCUGGAAAAGUUGAAUGUUUACGCAAGCAAGAUUAUUACGGUGGAUGCCACUUCAAACCGGCAUAAAGACAAUUUGUUCCAUUCUCCAAAUAACAGGAGAUACACAUCAAUUAUGAAAAGAGCUGCCGAAUCUGAUGCAGUGAUAGCUCAUCGUGGAAAGUUACGCGAUAAGAAUCAUGAACUUCGAACCCUGAUCUUGGGUAGUAAAGCAAGAAGCGUUGAGGCCACCAGGUAUUCUGGAUAUAGUGCUCAUGAACUGAAUGAUCUUCCACAUGGAUUAGAAGCUCCACAGAUACUGGACAGGAUCACCAAAGCACAGAGCUUUAACUCUGGUUUUGAAAAGUUUUGGAAAAAGCUGUUUUUGUCUGAAGCAUCAACUGCUGUUAUGCAGGACACUUUUUGGUGGUUCUUCAUCGACAAGUUUGAGCCAAAAAAGAAGAGUGCUAAAAAGAAGUUAUUCAAUAGAAUUGCAGAUAGUUUUGUCGCUCUGUUCGUCAGUGUCAACCCUGAAAUCAAAGACAAAUUCUUUACAGUAUACUCUGACUGCCUUGCUCAAGCAUUGUUUGCAGCCUACCUAGAUGCUUUCACUGAUUCCCAUAAGGUGUUUGAUGACCAGUUUAAGCAGGAUCUUGUAUCAUGUGUUUCAGAUUGGGUUGCAGGUGUCAAAGCUCCACCCCUUGCCUGGAAACACUGGGAUAUCAAAAAGCUCCGACCUAAAGGUCUCAAUGAAGAGAAGGAAGAAGACAAGAAAAAAGUUGUGCUUAUCAAAGAUGGCAAAAUCAACUAUGAUGCUGACUUUUCAAUUGAGAUUGCACAAGAGGAAGAAACUGGCAUUGAGUUGGACCCCGGAUUAUCACGGGAGCCAACAAUGAUGGCAGGCAAGUCUAACAAGAUACCACCAAUAGGCACAGCAGCUGUACCCUCUACCAGAUUACCCACAGCCAUGCCACUUAGAGAGUCUCAUAAAACUGGUCCUGGCCCUGAUUUUGAACGAGUGCUGUUCAACAUAGGAGGGCGCAGUCCAUUGGUAGCCCACUAUCUGUACGUAAAGGGACUCACAUCUAACGAAAACCAUGGUAGGCAGGUCAGAAGAACUGAGAUCUCAAGGAUACAGUCUCAUGCACCAACAUACAGAGAUGUAAUAAAGAACACAAAGAAGACAUCAAGAGCUCUGAAUGCAGAGUACCAAAGAAUAAGUGAGUCAACAGCCAAAGAUAUUGCUUUCAUCGAACGUCAACAGGUUGAACAAGUCAGGGAAAUCGAGAACUUGAAGCAGCAAAUUGUUCAUCAUAGUAUCGACAUGAAAAUAUUAAGUGAAAGAAUACUUGAUUUACGGGAAACGAACGACAUUGUCAAUUUUGUGGCAGAACUACGUGGAACGGCAGAUUUCCCUGCCAGAAAAGAAGGUGAGGAAUAAUCGUGUUGACAUGAGUUCUGAUGACAGUUAUGAUGAAGAUUGGUUAAUAGACUCUUAACUAACCACAGCAUUGUGGUGAUAAGCACUACCAUCAUUGAGGUACCUACUAACUACUACAUUGUGGCAGUGAGCACCAUAGUGGUACCAGUACUAAUUACUGCUUUGUGGUAGUGGGCACCAUGGAGUUACCAAUUAACUACUGCAAUGUGGUAGUUGGCACCUUGGCGGUACAUAUGAAGGUACUAUUAUUUCAGCAUUGUGGAGUACCAUGUAGGUAUACCUGUACUAAUUUCCACAGUAUGCUACCAGCAGGUGAAGAAGUACCCACUAAACACACCAUUGUCAUAAAUGGACCAAAUGAAGAAAACAACUUCAUAUUAUGGUGCUGGCACAAUAAAAGUAUCAUCAAUCAGAUUAUUUUGGUAGCUUUACCAUAUGUACCAACUAACCACAGGAUUGUGAGGUCAUGUGACAUCAUAGAGGCACCAACUCCCACAGAUUGGUGCUAGUUGAUACCAAAAAUAUUACUGUACUAUAAAAUUGUGGUAAGAGGCAUCAUGGGGUACAAACUUCCCCAUUAUGAUAUUGAGGUGUACUUUGGGACAUCGCUGAGGUACUCUGGUACCACCUGACCACAGCAUUGUAUUAGUGGAGAAACCUGUAGGCGUAUGGGGGUAUUGUGAUUUGUGCUGGUGGAGGCACCAUGGAGGGGUUUCCCAUGGAGGUAUCAUAGUUUGUUAGGUAUAAACUAAAACAUUGUGGCUUGCAGUGGCUUUAAGUAAUAAGCAAAGGCUCCAAAUUUCAUCAUGACACUUGCUUAUUGUCUGCAUCUUUCAGUCCAUGUUAAUUUUAUUUAUGAUUUGGUGGUUGAUAAUGCUGCCUGAUCCAUUGUAUUCAAAAGUCUUUACAUUGUAUGUACCGUACAGAGCUAUUUAGUCCUGCUGUGUUUUUACUGUUGUUAGGUGAGAGUUUACGAAAAUGUUGUAACUCUCUCUAUAUCUUAAUAUUAAUACUUGUGGGGGUUUUUUUUAAAUAAUAAAAUUCAUAAAAUAUUAUAUUUCCGAUAAAUGAUGAAUAAAGUUUAACUUUGAAUAUAUACUGCACACACCAUUAACUUAUUUCUUUGAGUUUUCUUGUAAAUUCAAACAAAUAGAGUGGUUUCCCUGACGAUUUUAGUCACCGCCAGCAGAGGGUAAUAUGUGGUGUAGGUAGUUCCCCAUAUUCUCAUAUUGCUGAAAAUGACAUUAUGUGAUUUUAGACCUAGCUUUUGCAUUAGUUGAUAUAUUAUCUAAAAUCCGGACAAUAGUCUACCCAUAUAAACCCUGUACAAACCUUUCAUUGAUUUGAUUACCGUAAAACCUCGAAUUGAAGCCCAGUGGGCUUAAUCUCGAGAUUAAAUCCAUCUCGAAUUGACGGAAGCCCCUCUUUAGUUGGCACAAUUAGUCUCGAAAAGAAGUCCAUGAAUCUCUUUUCAAGAUAGCAUAGGCUUCUUUUCACGAUAGUACAGUACAUACACUUUACAUGAAUUUCAAAAAACAAAAUGAAUUAAAAACAAGCUUGGUUUAUACAGUAAUUUAGGUGAUUUAAAAUUUACAGCAUUCAUUUUGAAAAGAAGUCCCCCUCUUUUGAAAAAGUAGCCUCGACAAGAAGCCCACCCAAAGUUCGCAAAAGAAGAAGCCCAGGGCUUCAAUUCGAGGUUUUAUUUUAUUUUAUUUUCAUUAGUGCCUACAUCAAAUAUAUCAAUUAGAAUACUUAAUGUGAUUUUAUUUUGUUCGGAAAGAUCUGAAAACAUUCACAAAAGAUACAUUUUGUAUAUAAAAAACAAUUAAACAAAACCAAGUUUUAGACCAGGUUAUUACACAAAAAGCCAAUAAGACGGCAUAUUUUAAUUGGGGCCCAACAUCAACCGGCAUCAUUAAAACCAACAAAAACAGACAAUAUAAAACACAUUCGAAUUCUAAAGUUUGAAGCAUGGAAUGGAAAAAAAAAACCAAUAACAUACAGAAUAAAAAUAUAAAAAACCCAUUAAAUGGAAAAGACAGAAAGCAAUCUUGCACGUGAAAAGCAAAUUUAAAAUUCUGAUCUUUUUGUAACGCUGGAUUACGUUUGAAAGAUUGUGUAGUACUUGGUAGAUUGUUCUAUUCCUUAAUUCCAGUAUAAAAGAAAGUUGUAUAUUAUGGCUACUAGCUUUAAGUAAAUAACAAUAAUAUACAUAUUGCUUCUGGUAACAUCCUUGUGACUUUCAGAUACUUUUUAAAAAUUAGAUUCCAUGCCGUGAAACCUCGAAUUUAAGCCCUGGGCUUCUUUUCUGUGCAAACUUUGGAUGGGCUUCUUUUCGAAAUGGGCUUCUUUUCAAGAUGGGCUUCUUUUCGAGACUACUUUUGCAAAGUAAAAAGGGGGACUUCUUUUCAAAAUGAAUGCUGUAAAUUUUGUGAAUUUGUAUUAUAAAACAAUAAAUAAGGCCACUGUAAUAUCAAUCUGUAUCAUGGAGUGUAGGCCCUAUUUAACUGGCAUUGAAUCACCUAAGCUACUGUAUAAACCAAACUUGUAUUUUAAAUAAAUUAAUAAUUUAUUUUGUUUUCUGAAAUUGAUGUAUAGUGUAUGUGACUAAUAUCUCGAAAAGAAGCCUAUUCUAUCGUGAAAGCCCGUGGACUUCUUUUUAAGAUGGGCUUAUUUUCGAGGCUAAUUUUGCAAACUAAAAAGGGGUGGGGGGCUUCAAUUCAAGAUGUGCUUCAAUUCGAGGUUUUACGGUAUACGAAAUAGAAUAUUUGUUGUAAACUCAUGACAUGAGUCAAUUGUACGUGUUUAACUUUGUCUUCUACCUAAACUGGUUAAUUUUAUUAUGUUUGUUUUGAUCGAUAUUGAGGACGGGAAUCCAUGAUCUAAAUAAAUUUAACUCUAUUA